AUGAAUGCAAAGGACGAGAUUUCGGUUACUGCAGACAUCAAGGAGGAUGUUACUACAGCCAGCGCUAUUGAAGACAAGAAAGGAGGAGACAGUGAUGUGCUGACUGAUUCUUCGCAGGCACCUGAUAGUGCGUCCUUGGUCAAUAACAAGCUGGGGUCAUCGGGAAUGAUGUCCAAAAGCCGCCUGAUGGCAAAUCCAUCUGCAUUACUAAUGUCGAUGAAGCACAACAUUAAUUAA